GCUCCCUCCGCACCACCACUGGGAAUUCGUCGGCGUGACCCCACGAGUAUAUGAGGAACAUGUCACGAGCGUAGCAUGCUCGACGAGACAGCUGCUUCCACCCUCCGUCGCAUCGAUUCAGCCUGCUCAUGGCCCACGACCAAGACGAGCAGCAAGCAACCGCUUCCCCGGCGGAGCUCGAGCUGACAGCACGUGAACAUGGAAAUGCGCCCACAGAACAGUCGCCAGACAUGGACCACGACACAGAUGCUGCCUACGAGCACGUAGAUUUAGAUGACGAAGCUCCCGCCGACACCGAGAGCACAGCGCAUGAGGAUACAGAGCAGCCGCAGGAAGAUGUAGCAGCACCGGAUGCUGUCGACAAUACCGAAAGUCAGCAGCAUGAUGCCACAAUGCCUACGGUCGAGACGAACGUCCAGUCCACGCCGGACAGUGUGGCCUCGCCAGCGACCGCGAACGAAUCGACCCCAGACACUCCCACCGCACGAUCGAUAGCCGGCACCACCCGGCAACGAACAGACUCGCAGUCGACCACUGCCACGACUGCUACAAAAGCAUCAGUCCGGUCCACGCGGACGAGCAUGGUCUUUGUAGUGUCAGCCUUGGAGAACAUUGCUGCCUCCAAAGAUGCCCGCAAGCGAAAGGAGUUGCUAGAUUCGACCCAGCGGGCACUCUCUGCGAUCCGAGCUGCUCAAGGGGAUGCUUCUCAGAUCAGCCCGGAGGUGCUGUUCGAGCCUUUGAGUUUAGCAUCAGAGUCAACGACAGAGGCGGUGGUGGUCUCGGCACUGGACUGCAUAGGCAAAUUGAUCAGCUACUCCUACUUCUCCAUACCUGCAACAUCGGAAGGAGAGUCAGCUGAAGAUGGCAGACGACCGCCGCUCAUCGACAGGGCAAUCGACACUAUAUGCGAUUGCUUCCAAGGAGAGUCGACUCCGAUCACGGUGCAGAUGCAGAUCAUCAAGAGCUUGUUGGCUGCCAUUUUGAACGAUAAGAUUGUGGUGCACGGUGCAGGCUUGCUUAAGAGCGUGCGGCAGACAUACAACAUCUUCUUGUUGAGCAAGAAUAGUGCGAAUCAGCAGAUCGCACAGGGGACACUGAUGCAGAUGGUAGGCACUGUCUUUGAGCGGGUCAAGGUGCGGUUGGCGAACAAGGCAUCUCGAGCUCCUACUGGUCUUGGGUCAGGCAAUGGCGUGGAUGGACACUCAGAUGCAUCAUCUGUGGUAGGCGGAGAUGAAACGCCGUCCGUCGCAGAGGUAGCCACUCCGGACGAGGAAAAGGCACAACCCAAGAUGACCCUGCAGACAUUCGAGACACGCAAGUCAUUCGACGACGCUCGGAUUACGGACAGCGCUCCGACCAUGGUGACCAAGGCGAAGAGGCCUGGCAAAAGGUCAAGAAAUGGAUCCGGACCUGAUGUCCCAUCGAUCACUGUGCAGGACGAGAAGUCAGAGGCCGUGACUGAAGACGAGGAAGAGGACGAGAUUUACAUCAAGGACGCCUUCUUGAUCUUCCGAGCAAUGUGCAAACUCUCUACAAAGGCGCUGCGCGUGGAAGACGCCGUGGAUGUGAAGUCGCAGGGGAUGCGAUCGAAGCUGUUGAGCUUGCACAUCGUUCAUACGGUUCUGUUCAAUCAUUCAAUCGUGUUCACAUCUCCAUAUUCCACGAUCCGGAGCUCUUCAAAUACCGAACCCACUGGCUUUGUGCAUGCGAUCAAGCAGUACCUCUGCCUCAGUUUGAGCAGGAAUGGGGCGAGCAGCAUCAAUAAAGUUUUCGAAGUCUCAGCCGAGAUUUUCUCCUUGAUGAUGAGACAUUUACGAUCACACCUCAAGCGCGAGCUAGAGGUGUUCCUCAAGGAGAUUUACAUCGCAAUCCUGGAGAAGCGUAAUGCUCCACAAUGGCAGAAGAGCUACAUCGUGCAGCAUGUCUUUGGGCGAAUCGGGUCUGACCCGAGAACGCUUGUUGAAAUAUAUUUGAACUACGAUUGUGAUCGGCAGGCAUUGGACAACAUGUACCAGCGCAUAAUCGAGCAUGUGAGCAGAAUGGCGAGCCAGCCAGUGACAGUUAACGGCCUGCAGGAGCAGGCAUAUAUAGAUGCUACUGCAAAGCAGAACAGCGCCAUGUACGACUGGCGAGACCGGGGGACGAUGCCCCCGAGUCUCACGACUGCAAACAUGAGCUCGCCACACGAGGCUGAGCAACAAUACCCAGCCGAGUACGCGAUGAAAAUCCAGAGCUUGGAGUGUCUGCUGGAAACGCUUCGCAGCAUGGUGAACUGGAGCCAGCAAGCGCAAUCGGAGGUGCCCAACGCCCCUUCGGCAGACUCUGAUUCACGAUUCUCAGUCGAGGAUCAACGAGAGAGUAUCGACACAAGAGGCGAUGCUGAGGCUACUGAGGUCCCUCCCACACCACGAGUGCCUGACACUCCAUUGCCGGAAGAUGAUCCCGUGGAGCUCGAGAAGGUCAAGCAGCGGAAAACGGCGUUGAACAAUGCCAUUCGCGCAUUUAACUACAAACCGAAGCGCGGUAUCAAGCUGUUGAUCGAAGAAGGUUUCAUCACUUCUCCAGAUCCUCAAGAUGUGGCCAAGUUUUUCUCCGGAAACGAGCGCAUCAACAAGAAAUCGCUUGGCGAGUUCUUGGGCGAGGGCGACGAGGAGAACAUAAAGAUUAUGCACGCGUUCGUCGACAAUAUGGACUUCUCGCGAACGAGGUUCGUCGAUGCAUUGCGACGAUUCCUGCAGUCCUUCCGUCUGCCAGGUGAGGCGCAGAAGAUCGAUCGUCUUAUGCUGAAGUUCGCAGAACGUUAUCUCACCGGCAAUCCAUCUGCAUUCGCCAACGCAGACACUGCAUAUGUGCUUGCUUACAGUGUAAUCAUGUUGAACACUGAUCAGCACUCUGCACAGGUGAAGAAGCGCAUGACCGUGGAGGACUUCAUCAAGAACAAUCGAGGUAUCAACGACAAUGCGGACUUGCCGGACGAGUAUCUACAGGGCAUCUUCGAUGAAAUCGCGAACAACGAGAUCGUGUUGGACACGGAGCGAGAGAAUGCAGCGAACCUGGGUAUGCUGCCCCAGCAGCCAAGUGGACUCGUCAAUACCCUGGCCAAUGUCGGUCGCGAUCUGCAGCGAGAAGCUUAUGCGCAGGCGAGCGAGGAGAUGAGCAACCGUACUGAGCAACUCUUCAAGAGCCUGUUGCGAGCACAAAGGCGAGCAGGUGGAGGCGCUGCUGCAAGCGCAAAGGGACGAUAUCUUGUCGCGAGCUCACCUAGGCACAUUGGACCUAUGUUCGAAGUGACGUGGAUGAGCUUCUUGACUGCUCUGUCGGGCGCGGCACAAGAGAGCCAGAACAUCGAAACCAUUCGCCUGUGCAUGGAAGGUCAGAAGCUCGCAAUUCGCAUCGCUUGCGUCUACGAUUUGGAGGACCCCAGACAAGCGUUUGUGAGCAGUCUGUCAAGGAGCACAAAUCUCUACAAUUUAUCCGAGAUGAAAGCCAAGAAUGUCGAGGCACUGCGAGCACUGAUCGAGAUUGCUUAUACUGAAGGCGACUAUCUCAAGGAGAGCUGGCGAGACAUUCUCACAUCAGUGUCACAGCUUGAUCGAUUCCAGCUGAUUUCAAGUGGUGUAGAGGAAGGUGCUGUUCCUGAUGUGUUGAGGGCGAACAGCACAUCGCAAAGCCCACAAGUCAACGGCAAUGCCAGGAAAAAGAGCCUCAACGCACAACGACGGCCUGCGACCCGCGCUGGCAAUAGCAAUUCAUAUCAUGCCGAGAUUGCAGAGGAUGCAAGAAGUGCCGACAUGAUUCGUGGUGUUGAUCGCAUCUUCACCAACACAGCCAACCUUUCCGGCACAGCCAUCGUUGACUUUGUCAAGGCAUUGACGCAAGUCAGCUGGCAAGAGAUCCAAUCUUCAGGCAAGUCGGAAACACCGCGGACAUAUUCCCUGCAGAAGCUCGUCGAAAUCUCAGGCUACAAUAUGCUUCGUGUCAAAUUCGAGUGGACAAGCAUUUGGAAGAUCCUCGGACAGCACUUCAUCGAUGUUGGCUGCCACAACAAUACACACGUCGUCUUCUUUGCACUUAACAGCUUGCGACAGCUGAGUAUGCGUUUCAUGGAGAUCGAGGAAUUGCCUGGUUUCCAGUUCCAAAAGGACUUUCUCAAGCCGUUUGAGCUGAUCCUGAGUAACGCUCAGCAGGUCACAGUCAAAGAUAUGGUCCUCCGCUGUCUGAUACAGAUGAUACAGGCCAGAGGCGAUAUGAUUCGAUCCGGAUGGAGGACGAUGUUUGGCGUGUUCACCGUUGCUGCCAGAGAGCCGUACGAGAGCAUCGUCAAUCUGGCCUUCGACAACGUGACGCAAGUGUACAAUGAGCGCUUCGGCGUGGUGUUGUCUCAAUCGGCUUUUGCGGACUUAGUCGUGUGCUUGACUGAGUUCAGCAAGAAUAUGAAGUUCCAGAAGAAGAGCUUGCAAGCUAUCGAAACGCUGAAGUCGACAGUUUCGAAGAUGCUCAGGACGCCCGAAUGCCCACUCAGCCAGAAAGCGCCCGGACACAAGGACGCACCACAGGCUACUAACAUACCCAAACAGCCAGUGCGACGAACACAGGAAGAGCAGUACUGGUUCCCGGUGCUGUUCGCUUUCCACGAUGUCCUUAUGACUGGCGAGGAUCUGGAAGUCCGUUCGCGAGCGUUGAACUAUCUCUUCAAUACUUUGACCAAAUACGGCGGCGACUUCCCUCGCGACUUCUGGGACGUGCUGUGGCGACAGCUGCUCAUGCCAAUAUUCAUGGUGCUGCGGGACCGUAAGAGCGUCAACGUGGAGGCUGCGAACUCGGAAGAGCUGUCUGUUUGGUUGUCGACGACCUUGAUCCAAGCACUGCGGAACAUGAUCAGCCUGUUCACGCACUUCUUCGACAGCCUGGAGUACAUGCUCGACCGCUUCUUGGAGUUGCUCACGCUGUGCAUCUGUCAAGAGAAUGACACGCUCGCACGAAUUGGCAGCAACUGCCUGCAACAGCUCAUUCUCCAGAACGUGAAGAAGUUCAGCCCCAGUCACUGGGAGAAGAUCGUGGCAGCAUUCGUCGAUCUUUUCGCGAAGACGGAAGCGAAGGAGCUCUUCUCGGCAGCUACGUCGUCGAGCUACUCACGAGAAAGCUCAUACACAAAUGGCGCAUUCGAGAAUGCCAAGGCACAACCUCGCGAUCUUGCUGCCGAUGAUGCGGCGUCCGUGAUGUCUGCCAACAGCAAUGCGCUGGGAAUGAUCAACACCGAUGAGCCUGAAAGGCCGAACGGGCUUGACCGUGCCCCCUCGAACACUCUUUCACUCUCCCCUGAACACGAGGACCCAAGCCCCUCGCCUUCACAAGGACCCCGCCGACGCCAAUCCGAUGCCCUCGAAGACUUCAGCAACACAGGCGCCUCCUCCCAACAACAACAAGCACCCGUCGUUGUGACAGCCGCACGCCGCCGCUACUUUAACCAAAUCAUCACCAAAUGCGUCCUCCAACUCCUCAUGAUCGAAACCGUCUCAGAACUCUUCAACAACGACGCAGUCUACGCUUCCAUCCCCUCCCACCUCCUUCUCGAACUCAUGGCCCUCCUCAAAAAAUCCUACCACUUCGCAAAACGCUUCAACGAAGACCGCGAACUACGCGGAAGACUUUUCCGCGAAGGAUUUAUGAAACAACCGCCGAAUCUCCUGAAACAGGAAUCCGGUUCUGCGUCUGUUUACGUGAGCAUUCUGUUGCGCAUGUAUGCGGAUAGUUCGAAUGAACGAGCGAAAUCUCGACCGGAGACGGAGAGGGCUUUGAUUCCGCUUUGCAAGGAUAUCAUUGCUUCGUAUAUUGGGCUUGAUGAGGAGACACAGCAGAGGAAUAUUGUGACGUGGAGACCUGUUGUCAUUGAUGUUCUUGAAGGUGUUGCUGGGUUCCCUGAUGAGGAGUUCGGGAAGCACGUGGAGGCUUUUGCGCCGCUUGCUGUGGGGUUGAUGGCUAGCCGCGACCCCAUGGGCGGUGAGUUGCAGAGGGCUGUGAUGGGGAUUUGGUCGAGGGUUUGUGAAGUGAGACUGGGGAUUGAAGUCCCAGCGGAGCUUGUUGGUGGCGCUGCGGGAAAGGAUGGCGGGCAAAAUGCGACUAGUCCUGGAGGGACGCGAGACAGGCCGGGCGUAUUUGGUGGGAGAAGGAUGAGUCGGGUGAAUAGUUUGAAUAGUGGUGGGAGGUGAAGCUAGAGAGGAUAAAGAAGAAUAUGAUAUGAGAUAUCGUGAAACGAUGUCUCUAUUAGGCAGCCAUACACGCGAGCUGGACAUUCCGCGCGCGUGCUUUGAUCAAUUGCAGAAUGUCCCCUGUGUACACGCAG